AUGGCCCCAAAUAUGCUCGUGAAAGGCAAGAAGUUGAGAAACGUGCCGCUAUAUGUUGCAUCUACAUCGCUCAGAAUCUCCUCUGCUUCGCCAAGUCACAGACUCACUAUCACACCGACAAGCAUGCUUACGACUUCCAGCUUGUCGUCAAGUUAUGACUGUUCCGGAUGUCAUGUAGUGUCGCUUCAAGAUAUCGUGACCGCUAUUGAGUUUGGCGCAUACAACUACUUUGGUGAAGAACCCUCCUACGCAUGUACAGACGCUUGGAAGUUGUUCACCUUUCUCCAGCGCGAAGAGGAAGCAAGACCUUUGUCGUUCCCCACAAAAUACACGACACUGAGCUCAGAUUAUUUGCCGUCAGCUACACCAAUGCCGAAAUGGUCAACACGUUAA